CGCCCGCCUCCCUCUCUCCUGGCUCCCGCCUAUCGCAGACUGAAGCCCGGCCCCGCCAUGGGGAAUGUGCCCUCCGCGGUGAAGCACUGCCUCAGCUACCAGCAGCUGCUCCGGGAGCAUCUCUGGAUCGCGGAUUCAGUGCCAGGGGCGCUCGACCCCGCGCAGGAAGCAUCCCCGUUAUCUGGACUCCCCGAGUAUGUUAAAAUAGUAGAAGUUGGACCUCGCGAUGGAUUGCAGAAUGAAAAGGUUAUAGUUCCUACAGAUAUAAAAAUUGAAUUUAUCAAUCAACUUUCUCAAACUGGCUUGUCUGUAAUAGAAGUGACCAGCUUUGUGUCUUCCAAAUGGGUACCACAGAUGGCUGAUCACACUGAAGUGAUGAAAGGCAUUCAUCAAUAUCCAGGAGUUAGAUAUCCUGUCCUUACUCCUAAUCUUCAGGGUUUUCACCGUGCUGUUGCUGCUGGGGCCACAGAGAUAUCUGUUUUUGGUGCUGCAUCUGAAUCCUUUAGCAGGAAGAAUAUUAACUGUUCUAUUGAAGAAAGUAUGGAGAAGUUUGAGGAGGUUGUUAAGUCUGCAAGGCACCUGAAUAUUCCAGCACGAGGGUAUGUGUCUUGUGCCCUGGGCUGUCCAUAUGAAGGAAGCAUCACACCGCAAAAAGUGACAGAAGUAUCUAAGAGAUUGUAUGGCAUGGGCUGCUAUGAGAUCUCUCUGGGAGACACAAUUGGAGUGGGAACUCCAGGAAGCAUGAGGAGAAUGUUGGAAAGUGUCAUAAAGGAAAUCCCACCCACUGCACUUGCCGUUCACUGUCAUGACACAUACGGACAAGCCUUAGCCAAUAUCCUCACGGCCCUUCAGAUGGGGAUCAACGUGGUGGACUCUGCAGUCUCAGGAUUAGGUGGCUGCCCUUAUGCAAAAGGUGCUUCUGGAAAUGUAGCCACUGAGGAUUUGAUAUAUAUGCUUAAUGGCCUGGGGCUCAAUACAGAUGUGAAUCUUCACAAAGUAAUGGAAGCUGGUGACUUUAUUUGCAAAGCGGUGAAUAAAACCACAAACUCGAAGGUAGCACAAGCCUCCUACAAUGCUUGACAUGAAUGAAUUUGUGACUCAAGGCUGAGGAGAUCCAUUUCAGCUACAGAUAUGCACCUAAAGAUCAUUCCUGUCAACUUGUUCUGAAAUGUGAAGGAAUAGACACAAGUUGGGGGGGAAAGAGAUGCCUUUCAGAAGAGUACAAGUGGACCCGUUUUGAAGUCAACACAAAGUGAGACCAGUCAUCAGGUAAAUCACAAGCUGAAGCUAAAUAGUAAAAUUUGUAGAUAUGCUUUUGAACAUGGAGAAAAGUCUACUCUUUUGUUCUUAGAGAACUCACUUGUUAAUUUAGUAGAUGUGAAAAUUGAGUUCAGCUUUCCCUAAGAUUUCCCUAAAUACCAAAUACUGUGUGAAAUACUUAAUCAAGCAGGCUUACCACCGUGUACGUACCGUCAGUAGUUUAUGAGCCCUGCUUAGUGUGCAAAGUGUGUGGCCUUGAUAUGCGUUAUGCCUUUGGAUCUCAGCUUCCCAUUUGCCAAGUCAGUUAAAUAAUGGACCAAGCGCCAGAUCUCCAGCCGACCCCACAUACUUGUUAGCAAUAGAACUUCUACAUUUCAAGUAUGGCUAACAUCUGUUAACUAUUUCAAUGACUUUAUCUUGUUCCAAGAGGCUGUGGUCAAUGGCAAGACGCCAUAUCCUGGAAACAUAUUACGACCUCCCGUGUUUGUUACAUGCUUCCAGUUUACCAUGCUUUUUCUUUCAUCAGUUAUAGUAAAAACCAGCAUGGUGUUACUCAACUGUGGAGAAACAGAAGGCAUGACUUUCAUCUUGCUGUCUAAACUGCAGUGAUGAGAAUAGAUGGAUACAUGUAGCAUAAUCCACAUUCGUAAUUGUCAGAUCACGUCCAAAUUGCUGGAGGAAAUGUCAUUGUAAUCUUAAGAAUGUGUUAUUAAGCCAGUUUUUAAUUCGUGAAAUAAACUGUUUUUCAUGGAUUCAGGGCACUUUGAUUAAAUCACAUCUUCUUGUUGACUUUUUUAUGGUUAUUUUUAAAGUUGAAGUGGCUGAAAUUUUAUCUUUUGUACUAGAAAGAAUUGCCAGAAAUAGCAAAAAGUAAUAUAUCAAGUUGAGAAGAGGAACAGGAGGACUAUGUUAAGAAAAACAUUUCUGUAACUUAUGCAAAUAAUGUGGAGACAGUAUUAUUACAUGUGUGUCUAAAACAUCAGUUCUAUUAUUUAUGUAGACUUCUCCAAUAAUAUCGGGCGAUCUUAUCUUUGAAUAAAUUUGAAUAUAACUUGAAAUAUGAAUGUGAGCAUUGUGGACUUUCUACUAAAUAUUCAUUAAAACAUUGAAAUGGAAUUCAAUAAAAUAAGAGAAGUACUUAUUAUAACUAAUUUAACUUUAAAGAUAUAUAAUAAGAAAUGAAUCAGGAGGAAAACAUAUUGAUAACUGACAAAACCAAACUGUAUUUCCAUGAAAGAGGCCGACUCAUCUGGGUUGUGAUGGCUGGGAGAGCAGGAGCUUUUGAUCCGCAAUUCUUUGCAUUUGGGUUAGUGUUUGGAGGUGGGAGCAGGGCUAGAAGCAAACAAAAUUGCAGCUCUUUAUGGAUCUGCUUAUUACAUACCCCCUGUGCUUCUCCCUUCACAAACAACACAGCCCUGUGCACUGGGGCAGUGAUGGGACACCUAUCCUGAUGGUGCAUAGCAGAAUAUACACCUCCUCAUCUUCUGAGAUGGACUUUUCCUAUCUCUCGCAGAACUGUGAUGGUUUCUGUUUUGAGAUAUUUGGAAAAGCAUCUGUCGAUGCAAACUGCUUAUAGAAGCAGCUAAGGGCAAAACUUUGCUGUUUUGAAAUAAAAAGCACGGACUCCUUAAAAGGCAGAGCAAAUAGUGAGAAACCCGAGGUGCAGCCUAGCACACACACAGCACACACACGAGUCUACCGAUGGAUCAUUUCUGAAAAUAUUUUGAUACUUCUAAUCACACUCACCAUGAGAAAAGUUUAUUUUAGGUAUUUGUUAUCUUUCCUCCACCCAAACCACCUAAAGCCCUCUGCUAGCUGAAAGAAAGUUUCUUUUCUGGUUCUGGGGGAGAGAAAAAUUA